UCGGACUUUUUUCCGAGCCUGGCCCGGUUCGAUCUCCAGGGUAUUGAGAAGCAGAUGCGGACGAAGCUGGUCCCCAGAUUUGAUAAUAUCUUCGAUAAGAUGAUCAAUCAACGGCUGGGAUUUUCUGAAGGUGAAGCGAAGAGAAAUGAUUUUUUGCAGUUCUUGCUGGAGGUCAAAGAUGAAGGCGACUCCAAAACUCCUCUAUCCAUGACCCACCUCAAAGCCUUGCUUAUGGACAUGGUGAUUGGCGGGACGGACACAUCGUCAAACACCAUAGAGUUUGCAAUGGCAGAGAUGAUGAAAAACCCACAGGUCCUAAAGAAAGCGCAACAAGAACUAGCCGCCGUGGUGGGUGAAGACAACAUCGUAGAAGAGUCCCACAUCCAAAGCCUCCCAUAUCUCAAAGCCGUAAUGAAAGAAACCCUGCGUCUGCACCCAAUUCUGCCGCUGCUGGUGCCCCACUGCCCGAGCCAGACCACAAUCAUCUCCAAAUACGCAGUCCCAGAGGGGUCCCGCGUGUUCAUCAACGUUUGGGCAAUCCAACGGGACCCCAACAAUUGGGAAGAUCCGCUGAGGUUUGAUCCCGAGAGGUUUAUGGAUUCUAAGUGGGAUUUCGGUGGGAGCGAUUUCCGUUACUUUCCAUUCGGGUCCGGGAGAAGAAACUGCGCGGGAAUAGCCAUGGCGGAGAGAAUGUUUAUGUAUUUGCUUGCCACGCUGUUGCAUUCGUUCGAUUGGAAAUUGAAAGACGGCGAGAAAGUGGAGACUGACGAAAAAUUUGGGAUUGUUAUGAAGAUGAAGACGCCUCUUGUUGCCAUUCCCAUGCCCAGGCUAUCUAAUCCCACUCUUUAUCUUUAGUAAGCCUUCUCAAAUACUGCACCUGCCUUUUGUUAUCUAAAACUUCAAAGUUCGGUUCCAUCUUAUAUAUAAAUAUUAUAUGGACAAACUCCAAAUUUUCAAUUAUAAAUAAGUUAGAAUUA